GUGAAAGGUUUUUAUAUAUUUAUGGCACAGUGAUAAAUUCUCCUGUCAACAAGUGUGAUUAGAGAUAAGUAUUGAUCAAGUCACAAAUGCGAUAUUUGGGGGAGUUGGAGUAGCAGAUUUCCAGCCUGAAGGUAGCCAUGGAGUGGACAAGAGUGUCCAUCGCAACUUUCCUGCUGCUCGCAACUUUGGGAUCUUCUGGUGCCAGGGUCGAGGAGGAGAACCCUGAGUACUGGAGGUCACAGGCCCGGGAGUCUUUACAGUCCGUCCUGGGCAGGAAGAUCAACACCAAUGUUGCGAAAAACAUCGUGUUUUUCCUCGGAGAUGGUAUGGGACUAACAACGUACACCGCAGCUCGUAUCCUGAAAGGACAGCUGGCCGGCCAUUCAGGGGAGGAGACUGUGAUGACCAUGGACACAUUCCCCUAUGUGGGGCUGGCUAAGACCUACAGUGUGGACUUCCAGAUUCCAGAUAGUGCUGCCACGGCCACUGCGUAUUUGUGUGGCGUGAAAGCAAACCUGAACACGAUUGCAGUCAGCGCAGCGGCUCGCAAUGGUGUCUGCAGAACUCAGAAAGGAAAUGAGGUCACAUCCAUCCUGAAGUGGGCGAAAGAUGCUGGGAAGUCUGUUGGCAUUGUGACAACCACUCGGGUGCAACAUGCUACCCCAGCAAGCACGUACGCCCACAGCGCCAGCCGGAAGUGGUACAGUGAUGCUGACAUGCCUGGUUCUGCCAAGAAGGAAGGCUGUACCGAUAUUGCUUCCCAGCUCAUCAAAAACAUACCCAUUGAUGUUAUCAUUGGUGGUGGAAGAAAGUACAUGACCCCCAGGGGCACCAAGGACCCAGAGUAUCGCAUGGAUUUCUCUGCCUGGGGCAAAAGAAGAGACGGACGUAAUCUAAUCCAGGAGUGGCAGAGCAUGAAGGUUGGAAAGGUAGCCCAUUAUGUGUGGAAUAAAACAGAUUUUGAUGCCAUUGACCCAGAAAACACAGACUCUCUCUUGGCUCUGUUUGAACCUGGUGAUCUGCGCUAUGAGGUAGAAAGGGACCCGAGCAUGGAUCCGUCCAUUGUGGAGACCACAGAAAAGGCUAUCCGCAUCCUGCAGAAAAACCCCAAAGGCUUCUUCUUGCUGGUGGAGGGUGGGAGGAUUGACCAGGGUCACCACGCUGGCCGGGCGUACAUGGCCCUCCAUGAAGCUGUUGCUUUUGAUAAUGCCAUCGCAAAGGCCCUGGAACUCACCAAGGAGGAUGAAACUCUCACCAUAGUGACGGCUGACCAUUCCCACCCAAUGACCUUCAAUGGAUUUCCAUUUAGAGGACAAAGCAUUCUGGGUAAAUCUCCACUGUGGGGUACAGACAUGUUACCUUUCACCACUCUGAUGUACGGAAACGGACCCGGACAUAAAAUGAUUAAUGGCAAGCGCCCUGACUUACGCAAUGUCACUACCAAGGGGAAAGAUUACGUCCAGUUUUCUGCAGUUCCACUCAAGUCGACGUCUCACAGCGGCGAGGACGUGGCGGUUCUGGCCCGCGGGCCCAUGGCCCAUCUCUUCAGCGGUGUCCAGGAGCAGAGCUACAUCGCCCACGUUAUGGGCUACGCUGCUUGUGUGGGUGCUGACCUGAGGCACUGCCAGGGCCAGCCUGAACCAUCCAUGGACCGCACCACCUUUCCCAUUUACAGUAGCGGGGCAGCUCAGACUUCAGCUGUUCUGCUCAGCAGCCUCCUCAGUGUGUGGCUAGCCAUAGCUGUGCUUAUGUAAGAUCUCUCUUCCUGAGGGAACACGGAGAGGGCAGGUGUUGCAAGUGUUUCAGAUAUGGAGAUUAUGUUUGCUCUUACAACCAUCAUGAUAAGAUUGUGUUUAUUGAAAAACAUAAAUUGAGAUAAUGCCUCCUAUAAAAUGAACCAUUAUAAUGCAAAGUCUGUGUCACAUACAUAGAGUACUCCUUGACUCAAGUUUGUUUGCCACUAGGGUGAUAUAAAUCAUCUAUAUGUAAUGUUACGUAUUGCCAUUGACUGAUUUAUUCAGACGGUAAUUUUGAAAUAAGAAAAAUAACAUCUUCAUAUAGCACAAACCAUACAUAACAAGCCAAAGCCUGCCAAUUCAUGACACUACUAUUGCCAUCUUUAACAGAUGUGAUGAGGUUUUCAAUGAAAACAAUAUUGCUCUCCACUCCUUUCCAUUGCUUCUUGUUUAAAUCAAACAGGAAUUGUAUAUUGAUCUCAGGCUAAAACUGUUUCAAAACCUUUUUGGUUUGUUGUGUAAUCUUAGGGAAACUGAUGGGUGGGGGUAUUCUCUUUUACAGCAAGGGCUUUCUCCCCGCAGCACUGCCGAGCACUCCACUGUUCACUGACAUUAGAGAGGUCUUUAGUUUUUCAGGAGUCACUCAGGAGCCUGCAGACUUUAACAUCUGUUGGCCUGCUCUUUGUAGAUCAGCAACUCCUUGGGACCUUUACUUUUCUCCAUUGAAACACUGUUUCUUUGACUCUAGGUUUCAAACUCUACAGGUUAAAUUUCAAUGUCUUUCACCCUUAUGUGUAUCAACAAGUAGGCGAUCUUUAGAAAUUCAUUCCUGCCAUUGUUCAUUUCCACAAACCAAUUUUUGAGGACAUUUUCUAUCUGUAACAGCCUGUGAAUGUAAUAAUGUUAUCAAACAUCCAUUUGUUUUCUCUUUUUAAAAGUUUUGUCCUAACCUCUGAUACAACAUGAAUCUAAGAAUAAAUCCUCAUUCCUUUGAUCCUCUUUUCCAAUAUCCGAUCUGUUAAUUGAGGUUUGAGGCAGCUUGGUUUGAGAACAUAACUACAGCAGUCCAUUAAUAAUGCAAAAUAUUUAAAGUUCAUCUAUUUUUGUCUAUGACAGAUUGCGGUAAUUAUUCUGCACAUCUGUUGGGGAUUGGUGUUUGUUAAACAUGAUUUUGACUCUCCUUGUACUCAUUAAGUCUGGCCAGCGGCUGUCAUAUGUUUUUUCAGAUGAUGGCUUUUCUUUACAUCUUUUAAACGGACUUGCAGGUGAUUUGUCUUAAAGACUACGUGUAGUAAAAGUCAGCAGCAAAUAAUGGACAUGAGAGAAGGAAAAAUCAGAGGAAUAAAUUAUUCUUAACAAAUGUUUAAUCACACAGGUGAUCUCAUUACUGUUUACUAAAUCAUUUUACUAAAUACUGUACUUUACUAUAAAUACUGUAAUACACUCUGUAAAACACAAUAAAAUACAUUUUCUGACCAAAA